AUGGAAACAAGAUUGAAUGACUUAUCCCAAAUACAUCGUUACAUCGAAAGCCUGGAUAAAGAAGUGACCAUGAUAUUACAAAACUUGCAGUGGGACAGAAAGCGUUUGUUAGAGGGCUGGCCAAUGACUAUAUGCAGCUACAACCAGAAUCAUAGACUUCCUCCUGAUAAGAAGAAAUCCCAUGAAAAAGAGUGUUUUCUAAAAUCACAGGGGUAUAUGAAAGAGGAUCAGUUCCUGCCGGAUCCGUUGGACCCCAAUGCAAACACUCUAGUUAAAUUAAAUACAGAUAAUAUUAAUUCAAUAAUAAACUAUGCAUCCAGCACAGAUCAUUUGUUUAAAAAAGGUAAUAGGAGCCAGAACCCAGAGCCGUGGACCUUGGAACGUCUGCAGGCGACGUACACAACAGAUGAGCGGCGUGCCAUACACGAAGCUGUGGUCCAAGCUGUACCUUCAUGCCACAAUUUGGCAGAUUUGGCACUACCUUGCCAUGAUGGAGAGGGCCAGAAAGAGAGUAAAACCAAGUCCCGAGCUGAAAUCCUGGCCGAGCUCCGGGACAUGAAGCGACGACGCGCCAAGUACCGAGUAGCGGCCAAAACUAAGAACUACUCUGAUGUGUUACGGGAUGUUAUUAAAACGCAGAUGGAGCUUUAUACAGAAGCACAGGUCCACAGCACAGCACAAGUACAGGCUAAAGAGGGUUAUAACCAUCCAAUUAAAAUGGAAAGAAUUGAAACUCCACACAAAGAAACUAAAGAGAGGCCUCUGCAAACUAAUUAUGACGAUAUAUAUAUGAAGAACAGGGAGAAUUCCAGUGAAAGGAAGGCAAAGAAGCACCACCAUAAUAAAGAACAUGAUGAUCGAGAAUACCGUUACAGAAGAGAUAGUUCUUCUGGCGCUAAAAUUAAAAGGGAAGUUUCUCCAAGGGCUAGACUUAAAAGUGACAGAAGGGAUGUAAGAAAUGACUUUCAUAGUCACCGACACGAUAAAUAUCAAAACAGCUCUAGAGAAAGAAAGAAAGAUGAUUAUGACAGAGACAACCAAUCCAGUAGAAAACAUGAGUAUAAAUCUCACAGGCAUCUUGAUGAGGAUAGCAGAUAUUACGACAAACACACAAGCGAUAGUUAUAACGAGAGGAGAAAACACAAGAAAUAUUUGUAG